UCCCGCGGUUCUGGGUCGUAAAGAGCGCGAGAGCCCCGGGGCCGCGGUCCCAGGCGCCGUUUGUGCGCACGGGAACGGGCCGAGAGGCCCCCGGAGAAUGGGACGCGCCUGAGUCCGCGAGAUACGGGAGCCGAAAAGCGCGGGGACUGUUGGGGACGCCCGGGUGGGCCCCGAAGGAUGACCAUGUUCGGGAGCCUCGUUCAGCGGCUGACGUCGCCGGUCACCUCGCCGACGAGUCCCCGGCGCCGCUUCAAGUCGCCCUCGCGCUGGGAGGUACAGAGCGAGCCGGAGGACGACGGCCAGGCGUCCACGGCGACGCCCGCGCGUAAAUCCAGGGCGAAGCACCUGCUCGACAAGCGCAAGAGCAAGAGCCGGGCCCGGGGCCUGAACCUCGCCGCCGUCGGCGAGCCCCAGCCCUGCUCGUCCUGGCAGGAGUUGGCUUUCCCACCGCUGCGAGGUACCAAGAGCCUCGGCCGACUCGACGGCAUGAAAGAGGUUCAGAGGCUCGCUGAGUACGAGAGGUAUCUGGGACAGGAAGCGAGGAAUUUAGUGUCGGCGGAGAACGGAAAUGGCGUCGGAAGCGGCGCGGUGCUCCAACGCGGGCAACUCGAGGGUGACCUCCACCGCAUCCAGGAACUUUUCCCCAACGACAACCUGCGUCUCCACGAGCAAGACGUCCUCACCACGAAGCCGAAGAAUGUAGUCCGAAAAAGGAGCGGAACGAAUUCCGGACGACUUCCGAGGGCGCUAUCGCAAAAGUCCCUCAGCGUUGCCAAUAAUUUGUCGCUUCCAAAAUCGCCAGCCCGGAUCUUCCUGCUCGAGACACCCGUUCAAUUCACAACGGGAAUGCAGUCCCAAGAGAGACACCUCUUCCUCUUCUCUGAUCUGCUGCUGAUCGCGAAGGCGCGCAGCGGCGGUACCUUCAAGCUGAAGCAAUCCGUCAGGAUGAGCGAGCUCUGGCUGACGGCUAACCACAUCGAGGACGUCGCCGAGACGAACAAGUCGCAGGAAACGAGCUUCGUCCUCGGCUGGCCGACGACGAACGUCGUCGCUACCUUCAUGACCGCAGCCGCAAGAGAUCUCUGGUGGGGUCGACUCAGUGAGCUCGUAAGGGAGGAGAGUCUGAAGGAGCCACCCGAGACGAAUAUUCAAGUCGUGUAUCACGACAACGAGACCAACACGGAAUAUUGUAAGAAGAUAUCCGUGAGCUCGGAAAUGACAGCGGCAGCCUGCGUGAAUUUGGCAACGAGGCUGCUCGACCUCCAAGGGCCGUUUCAAUUAUGGGCGAGGACGUCUUCGGAGGAAGCGCCCUAUCCCCUCAUCGGCCACGAGAGACCCUUCGCUGUCAAGCUCUCGAACCUCCGGCACAAGCUCUCUCUCGAAGAAGGCUUUGACCUCGAACACUGCAACAAGAGCGGCCACGACACCUGCCACUUUAUCUUGAGGCCGAUCCUCAAAUCGCCCGCGAAGAAGAACAAAUCCAAGAUCACGGGCCUGUUGCGAAGGUCCCUCUCCCUCAACCCAAGCAUCUUCGGAGUGAAUUUGUCAAGGCUCGACGAGAACGGCCUACCCAAGCCGGUACUCGUCAUGUUGCAGCAGCUCUUUGCCAAGGGUCCCUUCACUCAGGGAAUCUUCCGCAAGUCGGCCAACGUGAGGAUCGUGCGGGAGUUGAGGGACCAAAUAGAAUCAACGGGCGACCCCAGCUGCCUCGAGGACGCUCCCAUCAUCGCGGUGGCCGCUCUGCUCAAGGACUUCCUGAGGUCCCUGCCCGAUCCACUGCUGACCUCCCAUCUUUUUCCACUCUGGAUGGCCAGUCUCGAUUCCGCCGAUCCCAUACAAACGAUCAAAAGCAUUCUCGAUCGACUGCCAAAGGCCAAUUACACAUUGCUGUCACACUUGGUCUGCGUGCUCCAUCACAUAGCCAGGAGAUCGAAACAUAAUCUCAUGUGCGCGAGCAACCUCGGCGUCUGCUGCGGCCCCAGUCUGCUCUGGUCACAGAACCCCUCCGUCAAUCAAAGUCGAGCCAUCCCCGCACUCACGGAGAUGCUCAUUCGACACUGCGAGGCGCUAUUCGGCGAAGGGAUCGUGCAGCUCUUUGGCGAGGAGCGUAGCGACAGCGGUGCCGAGGAAAGCACCGAUAGUCUACACUCAGGUGGACUCUCUUUGGACAGCCUGGACCUUACCGAGCCACCGCGCAAAGAUCACAUGUCAUUGUCGAGAGACUCCGGGCUCACGCUCUCGGAUUGUCAGCUUUUUAUACCGGAAUCGCCAGUUGGCUCCGAGGACUCGGCCGUCAAUGCCUCGACCUCGAGCUUCGACAAGUCCAUAGCGAAGGACGAGAAGCCCGGCAACGCCAAGGCCUACAUUCGGCCCUACAACCAUCAUUGGGAGGAGAGAUAUGCCGCGGGUGGCGGGCACGUGCAAAACGGAAUCGAUCACGUUUAUCCGAAUCCGAAUUUCCAAAGACAGGACUGGCUGAGGGCGCAGCUCAAGCGAACGCCGCGCACGAAGCUGGAGCAACAGCGGAAGCAGGAGCGUUUCGAUGAUAAGGACAUGUACGGUCGCGAGUACAGGCGACAAGAGGGUGCAAAGGAGAGCACCGAGGGCCGCAAAGAGGUGUACAGGCCGACUCAGCAGGACCCGCGGCUACUUGAGGCCACGGAAGCCAAUCCCGGUGAUGCUCCCUUAUCCAGUGGCGAGCGCUACGAGUUGAAGAAGGAGCGCUUCGGCGAGUUCAAAAAGGUCAAGUCGGAACUGUACGUGAAUCGCGAGUCGCCGAUCUCGCAGAGCGGCAGCUACCAUUCGGGCACGGACUGCCACGAGUUCAAGAAAGUGCGGAGCGAACUGUACAUAAAUAAGGAGAACCGGAACGGGGCCUUCGAGUUCGAGAAGCCCGAGGGCGGUAUCUAUGGGAAUCGCGACGCCGUCGCCGACAUUUACGGCUCCCUUGGAAACCGAGACAGGAGCGACAUCUACCAAUUCAAGCAGGCCGAGACAAUCGACGUGUACGACGAGGAGGACGAGGGCUCGCACGAAGGAACGUGGCCGGACACGCCGCCGCCUCUGCCGCCGCGGCUCAGGCACUUGCCGCCCGUGCACAUGAACCUAGAGGACAGGCACAAGGUCGCGGGUAGGUCAAGAUCGUUGCCGCCACCGCCGCCUUACCGGCCGCCACCGCAACCUCGUGCGCCCAUCGCCUCGAGGCAUUUGGGCUACGCGAGAUCUGUCGUUGACGACGAGAGCUACGUUUGAUUGAGAGCGAAUACCAGCGACGCGUCGAACGAGAGAGACAGGGAUAGAGAGAGAGAGAGAGAGAGAGAGAGAGA